AUGCCCUACGAGCUGCAGUGCCACAUGCUAACCCACUGCACCGAGAAGCCCUUCAAAUGUGGAGACUGUGGGAAGGACUUCCCCACCUCGAACUCGCUGCUGCUGCAUCAGCACCAGCACUGUGACGACAAGCCCCACGUCUGUGGCGUCUGCGGCAAGAAGUUCACCUACGGUCACAGCCUCAAGGUGCACGAGCGGGUUCACACCAGCGAGCGCCCCUUCGUCUGCAUGACCUGCGGCAAGGCCUUCAAGCAGUCAUCCUACCUGGUGAUCCACGAGCGCUCGCACACAGGCGAGCGGCCCUACAAGUGCGAGGUGUGCCAGAAGGCCUUCGCCCGGCCCUCGCUGCUGCUGCAGCACCACCGGGUGCAUAGCGAGGAGCGCCCCUACAAGUGCAGCUUCUGCGACAAGUUCUUCAAGGACCUGGCCUACCUGACGGUGCACGAGAAGGUGCACACGGGCGAGACCCCCUACAAGUGCAGCGUCUGCGACAAGGGCUUUGCCCACCCCUCCAACCUGCUGCAGCACCAGCGUGUGCACCGUGACGGCUGA